GGGAUUUCCAACAACUUCAGGCUUGACACGGGCACGACACCAUCCCGCCAACCGCGCGUAGAAGCUCCCUACUCCAUCGCCUCCCUGGAGAAUAUAUCGCACAAGCAGCUUUGGUGCAGCUGGAAAUCCUGGCCGCAGCAGCUUGCAGAUGAUCCGGGCCGCGCACAUCGCAACUAUCACUCCGACGAGUAAAAGACCUCACGAUGUCGAACCGACAAGCUGCGCUGUCGCUUUACCGCCGCUCGUUAAAGCUGGCUCUCGACUGGGCUGUGCAUCGAAGCUUAUGGCGUGGCCAAGCUCUUUAUAUCCGAUCUCUCUUCGAAGCGAACCGAAACAUUACGGACACUAGGAAACAAAGGGCGUUACUCAGCGAAACAGAGAAGCUGUUGGAGACGUGGAAGCACCCUGAUCCGUAUUGCCCACCUACGGCACCUGGAGGAUCCAAAUACGAAAGGAACUUGCCAGUACACAACACUGAUCCUCCGCCGCCGCUCAGAUUUUAAAGGGAAAAUAGUCGGAAGAGUAUGGUUCACGUCGAUCUGUACAUAGAACCUGUAAUAUACGGGAAAGUUUAGACAAAUGCCAGAAAUAUCCAAUACAGCAGUAUAACUUGAAUCGUAAUAAACCCGUAGAAUUGCGAAGAGUAUUGAAAACAAUAUAGGACGACUAAACAUUGAAUAUAAAUG